AUGUGGUGUUGGAGGUUGGCCCCGGCAGGGGCGCACUUACUCGCCUUCUUUUACCCAAGGUUGAAAAGGGUAAUAUCGGUGGAACUGGAUGAGCGCUUGGCCGAAUCCCUUACUGCCAAGCUCGGCAACCCCCCCAACUUGGCUGUCGUGCAAGCUGAUGCGCGAACCGUAGACUUAUCCCAGUUGAUAGGCAAUCACACAACCUACAAAGUGGUAGCCAACCUGCCCUACUAUGCUGCCAAUUUCAUUGUUCGCCGAUUUCUCGAGUGUGAAUGUCCACCAACCACCAUGGUGUUAAUGGUGCAGCGAGAGGUGGCGGAGAGCAUGACUGCCGCGCCCGGCGGGAUGACCCUGCUCGCCGUGGCUACCCAGUUCUAUGCGAGAACCAGGUUGGUCUGUGCUGUUCCUCCUACGGCAUUUCGGCCGUCUCCCAAGGUAUCAUCCGCAGUUGUGCGACUGGACCUUUUGGACAGUCCCGCAGUCGAGGUAUCCUCCCCCGAUUCCUUCUUUCACUUGACCAGCUUUCUGCCAGGGCAGGAGAGAAGCUUGCUGGUUAAAGCGUUUGCAAAGCUGAACCUCUGUUUGGAAAUAAUGGGACGUCGGUCUGACGGGUACCACGAGGUUCGCACUGUAAUGCAGGCCAUAGAUCUGGAGGACGAGAUCGAGAUAGCCACCUCCGAUUCAUUGAGCGUGAAGUGCAACGACCCUGCUUUAAACGAUAAAGAGAAUCUGGCUUGGCGCGCUGCUGCUGAUCUCGCCAGAAAGGCAGGCAGGCUUCCUACUGUAUCUAUAACUAUCAAGAAACACAUUCCAGUGGGUAUGGGUUUGGGCGGUGGUAGCAGUGACGCGGCUGCCGUAAUUCUGGCGCUUAACGAAUUUUGGGAAUUGGACUUGCCCUUGGCAUCCUUGGUAGAUGUCGCCGCGGGACUGGGUUCUGAUGUUCCCUUCUUCCUUUGGGCUGGCGCGGCGCUGGCCAGUGGAAGAGGGGAUGCUGUUGAACCGCUACCAACGAAGCCCGGUAUCGGAUUGACACUUGUGUGCCCAGGGAUCAGGUUGGAGGCCAAGACGGCCCGGUUGUAUAGUCGAUUAACCCGUUUCCACUUCAGCGACGGCGGAUUAACGCGGUGGCUGGUGCAGAACCUGAUGUCUGGUCUUUAUUCCGACGAGCUGUUUCAUAACGCUUUUGAGUCCGUGGCUUUUGAGGAGUUUAACGGUCUUCAGGAAGUUUUUGAUGCGGUCGAAGCUGCGACUGGACGACGCCCUCACUUGACCGGGGCUGGCCCUGCCCUGUUCUUAAUGUCGUCGUCGCAAGAGGAACAUGCCCGGGUAAUCGACGCCUUGCAACCCCACGGUGCAAAGGCGUAUUUUGUACGAACUUUGGGGCGCAAUAGAACUCCCUCCCCAGUGGCUUUUUCAGAAAGUAAGAACACUCAUGUAUUUCUUUCCUGUGGUGAGAACUAA